UUGUGUGCAAUUUUGCAAUUUGACGAGUUGACCGUGCCGGCAGUGAGAGUUGUUCGACUUCAAGUUGAUUAUCCAAAUGCGAGUAUUCCAGAUGUUCAUGGCAAUCAUAAAUGGAAUUCGAUUAUGCGGAAUAGUGUGAUAGCAUCAUUACGAUUCGUCAACAAACACUGGUUAAUUUGCGGAAAUGGACCAAAUGCCGAGAGGUUAGUGUCUGGCAACGAUUGCGGAAAAGCUCAAGUGACCGGUGAGAUCGUUGGCGACAAUUACUACAGAAUCAACGUCACGUUUAUCGCUGAAAGAGAUCCUAUAAGGAAUGUGAAAGUUGAAGCAACGUCCACCGUAUUCGCGGUUUGUCAAAUCGGUCUUAAAGGCGGCAUUUUCCAGUACACCAACGCACUAAAGGCUCUUGGAAAACCAUCUGCAAUGCUGUCUUUCGACGAGGCUUAUUUUUGUUACAAAGGCGCCGUAUUAGCGGAUGGCGAUAAAUGUCGACUUUGUGCUUCGGGUUCUUUCUUCAACACCAGAUCGGAUACGUGCGAGCCAUGCUCUCGUGGUUAUUAUCAACCUCAACCUGGUCUGAACACAUGCAUCAGAUGUCCGGAUGAAUUGACGACAGCUUCUAAAGGAGCUGUGAAUGAAAGCUAUUGCAUUCCUGUUUGUCCAGCUGGUUUCUUCUUCGACUAUGCGUCACGAAUUUGUGAACCAUGCAGUCUGAGAGGUUAUCAACCCGAAAGUGGUCUUGAUCGAUGCAUUCCUUGUCCAUCGUCAACGGUACCGCUUUACCUGAACUCGACAAGGAUUGAACACUGUUUAGAAAAAUGUUCUCCUGGUUGGCAGCGAUCCCUUGAUGGUAGUCGUUGUGAGCCAUGUGCCUUGGGUUCAUUUAAAUCGAAGGAGGACUCCGUGUGUAUGCUCUGCCCUAGCGGAUGGACGACACUCAACAAAGCUUCCAAGCACCUGAAUGAUUGCUCAAUCAAGAUUUGCUAUCCCGGCACAUUCUUGAACAUGUCAACUCUUCAGUGCUACCCUUGUGAUUAUGGUCUUUACAUGGAUGAAUACGAUGGACGAAUCUGUAAACUUUGUCCGAUUAGCACAACGACUUAUCAGCUAGGGUCAAAUUCGAUUACCCAAUGUAAAUCCACCAAUCAGUGCAAGUCUGGUGCACAUGGCUGCCACUGGCUAGCCGCUUGUGUGGACCUUCCUGACGACGACCACAGACCAAGGUAUUCAUGCAAGUGCAAGCCAGGUUAUGUUGGAAAUGGCAUUCAAUGUACAGACGCAUGUGAAGGUCUUUGCCAUAAUGGUGCGACAUGUUUGAAGACUGGUAGAGGUGAGCCACACUGCGUGUGCGAGCCAGGAUUUACUGGACGACGUUGCAGCAGCAGAAUAUGA